AUGGCAGCCAGACCAACAACCAUCAACGUCUCUCUCCCCUCGAUCGCAAAAAUGAUAGACCACUUGCUCCUGGACCCAAUAAUGACAGACGAUGAGGUAUUAGCCGGUCUAGAGAUAUGCAAGAAAUACAACGUCGCAACUACAUGCGUAAAGCCAUACCACAUUCUCUACGCAAAGAAACAUCUGGCUGGAACAGGCGUCCUUGUAUGUCCGGCGAUCGGCUUCCCGCAUGGGGGUUCGACGACGGAGGUCAAGUUGUUCGAAACGAAGAGGGCGGUGUAUGAGGGUGGGAAGGAAGUUGAUUUUGUGAUUAACAUUGGGCGAGCGCGUUCAGGCAAAUGGGAAUUCGUCAAACACGAAAUUUUUCGAGUGAACGAGGCGGUGGUAGAAGGUGGCGCUAUUCUGAAAGUCAUUUUUGAGAAUGAGUAUCUUACGGAAGACGAGGUUAUCAAGCUCUGCCAGAUUUGCACUGAAGUUGACGUUGCUUACGUCGAGACUUCAACGGGCUAUGAUUUCACGAAACUCCCUUCUGGAGAUUAUGAAUGUAAGGGAGCGACGAUUUCGCACUUGGAGUUGAUGAGGAAACAUGUUGGGCCGGAUGUGAAGAUCAAGGCUACGGGCGGUGUGAGAACGCUGGAUGAUUUGCUGAGGAUGAGAGCGUUGGGUGUUAGCAGAGUAGGCACGACGAGCACGGGAGGGAUUUUGGAAGAGGCGAUUAAAAGGGGAAUUGGAAUGGAGAGCAGAAGUGUUGAAAUUAAUUGGGAAGGGGUUUAA